AUGAUGGGCUUGCAGUACAUGUCGGGAUUUGGAAAUGAACUUGUUUCUGAGGAUCCACGCUGCCCAGGAGCUUUACCAGAGGGACAGAAUAACCCACAAGUCUGCCCGUACGGCCUAUAUGCUGAGCAGCUCUCGGGCUCUGCCUUCACCUGUCCCCGGCCCACGAACAAGCGAAGCUGGCUGUAUCGGAUCCUACCUUCAGUCUGCCACAAACCCUUCAAACCUCUCAAGGAGGGCCACUUGACACACAACUGGGAUGAAGUUGAGCCUGACCCCAACCAGCUGCGAUGGAAACCUUUUGAGAUCCCAAAAGCCCCUCAGAAUAAGCUGGACUUUGUGAGCGGACUGCACACCUUGUGCGGCGCGGGUGAGCCCAGAGGACGCAACGGCAUCGCUGUCCAUAUUUUCGUCUGCAACACCUCCAUGCUUGACAGAUGCCUUUAUAAUUCGGAUGGUGACUUCCUAAUUGUGCCCCAGCAAGGGAAACUGCUCAUCACAACUGAGUUUGGGAAGAUGCUAGUGGAGCCCAAUGAAAUCUGUGUCAUCCAGCAAGGCAUGCGUUUCAGCGUGGAGGUGUUUGGAGAGACCAGAGGCUACAUCCUGGAGGUGUAUGGGGCACACUUCGAGCUGCCUGACCUGGGACCCAUCGGAGCCAAUGGCCUGGCCAACCCACGUGACUUCUUGGUGCCCGUUGCGUGGUAUGAGGACCGCCACGUGCCAGGGGGCUACACAGUGAUCAGCAAGUACCAGGGCAAGCUGUUUGCAGCCCAGCAGGAUUUCUCCCCCUUCAAUGUUGUAGCCUGGCACGGGAACUAUACGCCGUACAAAUACCAUCUGGAAAAAUUCAUGGUCAUUAAUUCUGUUGCUUUUGACCACGCGGAUCCUUCUAUCUUCACUGUCCUGACAGCCAAGUCGACGCGUCCUGGAGUGGCACUGGCUGACUUUGUCAUAUUCCCCCCACGAUGGGGGGUAGCUAACAACACCUUCCGGCCACCAUACUACCACCGGAACUGCAUGAGUGAGUUCAUGGGGCUCAUCAAAGGCCACUAUGAAGCAAAGGAAGAAGGCUUCCAGCCUGGAGGGGCCAGCUUGCACAGCAUGAUGACUCCUCACGGGCCAGAUGCUGACUGUUUUGAGAAGGCAAGCAAAGCCAAGCUGGAGCCUGAGAGGGUUGCAGAAGGGACCAUGGCCUUCAUGUUCGAAUCAUCCCUCAGUCUGGCCGUCACCAAGUGGGGUCUCCAGACCUCCAACUGCCUAGAUAAAAACUACUACAAGUGCUGGGAACCUCUGAAAAGCCAUUUCAACCCUAGGUGCAAGUAAAGAGAAAUAUUUGUUGCUUGUAAUACAUGAAUGAAGGCAGGGAAAUCCAGCAUACCUACACGUGGUGGCAGUCGACUUGGGCAACGCAUGGUGCUCCAGCACAGAACGGCAUGUCCAGCAGCCACUGAGCCACAAAAAUGAUCAUGCCUAUGUAACUUGGGAAAUGCAGUAAAAAACACCACUGUUCUUACCUUUCAACUACCCAAUUAAAUCUUUCCUGGUGACAAGCUGAAGC